AAACAGCUUUUUCAUCUUGCUGUAUCAAAAACAUGGGCAUCUUCUUCUCCAACCUUUUCUCGCGUCUCUUGAAGAAAAAAGAUAUGAGGUUGCUUAUGGUUGGUCUGGACGCAGCAGGCAAAACAACAGUCCUCUACAAACUCAAACUCGGUGAAGUUGUCACAACUAUUCCAACUAUUGGUUUUAAUGUGGAGACAGUUGAUUAUAAAAACAUCUCGUUCACUGUUUGGGAUGUCGGUAGUCAGAGUUUAAUUCGAGGCCUCUGGAGACAUUACUAUCACAACACACAGGAACUAAACGCGAUGCUGGCGGAGGACGAGAUGAGAGACGCGCUUCUGUUAGUUCUUGCUAACAAGCAGGAUUUACCCAAAGCCAUGGCGGUCCACGAGCUGACAGACAGACUGGGUUUACACGCACUGAGAGGAAGACAGUGGUUUGUUCAGGCCACAUGUGCGGUUCAAGGAUCAGUUGCAGCAGGGAAAGCAGGGAAAACCACAAUCCUCUACAAACUCAAACUGGGAGAAAUAGUCACAACAAUUCCAACGAUAGGUUUUAACGUCGAGACGGUCGAAUACAAGAACAUUUGCUUCACCGUGUGGGAUGUGGGUGGUCAGGAUAAGAUCAGGCCUCUUUGGAGACACUACUUCCAGAAUACCCAGGGUCUGAUCUUUGUUGUGGACAGUAACGAUCGUGAGCGAGCACAGGAAGCAGCAGAAGAGCUUCAGAAGAUUCUUCAGGAGGAUGAACUGAGAGACGCCGUUCUGCUGGUUUUUGCAAAUAAACAAGAUUUACCGAACGCAAUGCCCAUCAGCGAGAUGACGGACAAGCUCAGCCUGCAAGCACUCAGGAGCAGAACUUGGUAUGUCCAGGCGACCUGUGCGACUCAAGGGACGGGUUUAUACGAGGGAUUAGACUGGCUUUCCGAGCAGCUCUCCAAACACUAAACAGCACUUCCUGUUCAAGCAGGAUGUUUGCUGUUCUAAAGGACAUGAUUAGUGGAGUUGAUGUGGCACAGAAGCUGUUCAUGCAUCAUUUUCAGUUGAUUUCUACCAAAAAUCCGCCUGCUGAUGUCAAUCUACGGCAGUGCAUUUUAACAUUUUGUUCCUUUUUUAAUUCGUUGCACCUUUGACCUCGACUCUUGCAGUACUUCUGGGUUCUUGUUACAGUAAGCAUAAACAUCAAGCACUGUGUUAACAAUGAUAACUUUUUUGUAUUUAUAAAAAUGCUCUAUUUUUGCUCCCUCAACUUGAUUUAUUCCAUUAUUUUCAUUCCAAACAUUUUCAUUCCCAGGCGUUUGCAUGCCAUGCAUCCAGGGAAAUGUUCUUAGAGAAGCGUGCAUUUAAUAAAUAAAAGAUUAUUCUUAUAGUAGCACAAUUAGAGACUGGCAAUGCAUUGAUGUAAGCAUUAGUUUGAAUGCUUCUAAAAUGCAUGAGUUUAUAUUGGGAAUAGUCUGAUGUCUGUGUUGUAAAUAAGCAGCCUUUUUAUGUACGUAAUCACAGUUGCCUUAAACGUGGUGUGCUUUACUAUGUGAAUGAACUCGCCCCAAACGCUUUUGAUUUAGCAUUUCAGUUGAGAACAAACCAGUGCAAAUGUUUAAGACAAUCGACUGUUUUUAUUCCCAGCUUUUGAAAAUAUUCAAAUGGAUCAGUGCUAGGAAUCAUCUAGCUGUUACCCUUUUAAAAAAUGUAUUAAAUAUUAUGUAUAAAGUAU